AAAAAGUAUAACAUGUAUUUGUUGUUUCGAUUGUUAGAGAAAAUAAAUGUAAGACCAAAAUAUAAUAAAUAGUUAAUGAAUAUGUGCAACAACCUUUAAAAGAUAGAUUUUUUAAGGAAUUAUUUUCUGUUAAUAGUAUAGAUUCUAAAAGCAACAAUACAAUUCAAAGAUAAAAAAAAUAAAGCAACCGUAGUUGUUCAAUAAUGUAUGUCUUUUUGGCAAAUAAAUCAUUCUCCUUGCCCUUUAUUUAUUCUCACCUCGUCUAAUUUACUUUUUCAAAUGUUACUUUUUCUUUUUUUUAUUCUCUCUUUCCUCCUACCACAACCCCACUGUAGCAGCAAUAUGGAUCUUUUUUUUCUUCUAUUUCACUUUUUUCAAUCCAAUAUGCACUAUUGUUUAUCAGUAUCGGCAAGUCAUCCACCUUGAUGGAGAUCCCCUUCUUAACAUCGUAGCUAGACAAAAAUCUGAGAGUAAUAAUAACUAAUAAGAUUCUAAGGGGUUUGUGAGAGAGAAGAAAUGAGCGAUGUGGUUAGUGUGGGAGUAGGUUCUGUUGCAGGAGCUGUGGUCUCUGAGCUCCUGAAAGCCGUGAUUGAAGAGGCUAAGUUGGUGGUGUCGUUGAAAUCUGUGUAUAUGGAGCUCGCAUCGACGAUGGAGAAAAUGCUUCCGAUAAUCAUGGAGAUCGAAAUGUUGCAACGUGCUGAAGAAUUACAGGAUCUCGAUAAUAUAAUCAAUGAAGCUCGUGUACUGGUUCGGAAGUGUUCACAAGUCAAGCGGUGGAACCUACCCUCGAAAGUUAAAUAUACAAGAAAAAUAGAGGAAAUCAACAAGAAGAUGCUCAAGUUUUGUCAGAUUCAACUUCAGCUUAUUAUGCUUCGGAACCAACGGCUGAUUAUGCAUCAACUGGGAAUCCACUAUUUUUCUGCCAUGCCGUCUCCUGUGCCGCCGGGGCUGUCUUAUAUUCUGCCUGAGGAUACGAGGGAAGCCAUUGAGAGUCAUCUCAAAAGCAUCAAAAAGAAGCUCGACGGCUGGAGUGUUUCUCGGCCUGUUUACAUGGAUCUUUGUUCGGUGCCCAAGCUUGAUAAGGUUGUCGUUGGCUUGGAUUUGCCAUUGAUGGAGGUAAAGAAGAAGCUCCUUGAUGAUGAUGAUGAUGAUGAUGAUGUGGUUAGUCUCGUAGUUUCUGCUCCUCCUGGGUGUGGGAAAACCACAUUGGUUACUCAGCUUUGCCAUGAUGACGAGAUCAUAGAAAAGUUCGAGCAUAUCUUCUUUUGCGAUGUGUCAAGGGUUUCUACCUUCAGGACCAUCGUACAGACUUUACUACAGCACAACGGUUACGAAGCACCAACAUUUGAUAACGAUUCUCAAGCGGUUGAUGGCUUAAGAAAACUGCUUGAGGAACUUAAAGAAGAAGGUCCUAUAUUAUUGGUGCUGGAUGACGUGUGGCAAGGAGCAGAAUCCUUGCUUCAGAAAUUUCAGAUUAACAUACAGGAUUUCAAUGUUCUGGUGACUUCUCAGUUUGAGUUUCCGAGUUUUGGUCCCACUUAUCAUUUGAAACCGUUGGGAGAUGAAGAUGCCAAGUCCCUUCUCAUGGAGCGGAAAUAUCUGGGUAGGAUUGCAUAUGAGCAUGAAGAUUAUCUACAAAAGAAACAAAGAAAGAGACAAAACAGGUCCAAUGACGAGAAGUGGAUCAGGAGUGGUGAUUGUCCCUUCACCAAAGCCAAGAGAAGCAACCGUGAUGUGUCUGAUCAGAACGAGCUUCAGACUUAUGCCAGCUUGGAAAAGAUGUUGCAUAAGGCGAUUCAUGUUGUCCGACAACUCAAAAAGAAGGGAAACACCAACACUUCUUCUGCACCAAAACAACAAAGUAAUUCUUCUUCUCCUUCAAAUUCUGAUUUGAAAACUAAUGUGUUGUCUUCUGAUAAAAGCAAGGCUGUGAAAACCACAAGCAAAGCUCUUUCUACCAGGUGCUUCAAAUGCCAUAGGAUCGAUCAUUAUGCCAACAAGUGCCAAAAACAGAAAUCGUUGGUGACUUUGGAGAAAAUUGAAACCGAGCCAGAAAAGGAAGACCCUUUACCAAUUUUCGAUGACUAUGCACAUGAACCGAAGGAAGGAUCAGGUGGAGAGCAAAAUUGUGGUCAUAAAGAAGGAUCUUCUUCCAUUCACAAACCGGACCGAACUCAAGGUGAGCAACGUUCUGAUUAUGGUUCUUUUGCUUAUAAUCCUUUUCCUUUUAAUGUUUCAGAUUUGAGGACAAAUCUUUUUGAGGAGGAAGGGAAUGAUGUGCCGCAGUCCACAGAUCAUUACAUGGAACCAGCUCAGCAUGGAGUUCAGGACGUUCUGAACAUUUCAACCGAGGUUCAUGUUUUUCACCGUACCAGACUUGACUUGGAUCAUGCCAGACUUGAGAAAGAUCAUGCCAGACUUGAGAAAGAUCAUGCCAGACUUGACUUGGAUCAUGCCAGACUUGACGUGGAUCAUGCCAGACUUGACUUGGGUGGUGAAGAAAUCAAUUUUGUCUAAAGCUUUUGAGUUAAAACUCUUUGUUCUUCGUUUAGAACUUGUUCUUAGUUUCUUGGUGAGUCAUAUCCAAGUAAACACUUCCUCAAAUCGUUGGUCUUGUGAGUCAUAUCAAGCAACAACGAGAGAUCCUUCACUUGGUGGUCUUGUGAGUCAUAUCAAGCACCAUUUGGAGUCGGGAAUAUCGAAGGCCUUUCCGCAACCUUCGUGCGACCCUUCAAUCCAUUCAGUUCUCCAUCCGGAGUUCAUAUCCAAAUCUGAUCCAUUCGAGUGAGCCGAUCUUAGGGUCCUUCAUGUAGGGAUGGAACAAAUACUUUCGUUCGUAUCAGGUGCGAUAGAGGGUGAGAUGGCUGAUCCUACUAUCUCGACAGUAGAUGCUAAGCCGGUGGUCGUGAAGUCCGAGGAGUAGAUGCCCGAAAAAUAUUCUUUUAUCUGUCCCGCAAUAUGUUCCUCUUCAUAGUACGCUGUACCCGCUGCAUCCUCGAUAACUGUCAUUCUGUUUCGAGCUCGACGUCCCUUGGCGAUCGCAUGAAAAUACCCUGAGUUCUUAUCCCCUAAGGAUACCCUGACUAUCUGCUUAUGAGACGUAUUUUUCUCGGGUAUGAUGUCAACAUAUUGCUUCUUUGCGCACCUUGUUGCCAUCUACCAUCAGAGCAACUUAUUUAUUUGCUUUAAAACAAGAGAAAUGAUGAGGACGAAGACAGUCUCUACAACAGACUCUUAGUCACUCAACAUAGUAUUCUGAGGGACUUGGCUAUCUGCCAAAGCAAAUCAGAGGAACACCAUGAAAGAAAAAGGCUCAACCUGGAGAUAAGAGAGGAUAAAUUUCCAGAUUGGUGUUUAGAUCUAACGCAGUCCAUAAGGGCAAGUUUAUCGGGGGUGAUUAGGGAGUUUUUUAGGAGAAGGGGUCCCACAAAACACAAAAGUCGGUAACAAAAAUUCCAGGUUAAGGAUCGACUAUUGUUGGGGUUUUGCACUGUUUGCGGGCCCCACUGACACGUGGCGAUCCGCGAUUGGUGCACUUUUUUUUUAAUCAAAAAAAAAAAAUUAAGAAACCCAGUAAAGGUUUUAUGGGAUAAACAUGGUCUAAGUGCUCGUCUUUUGUCUAUCUCUACGGGUAAUUCUUUUUUUUUGGUAGUCAGACGGGUAAUUCUUUUAUGAGAACUGAACGUAGAUAUUUUGAGGACAGAACUUAGGUUCACCCACUAGGGUGAACCUUUAAAUUCACCACACCCUUUAGAACCAAUCAAAGUGACAUAUACAUUAUUAAUUAAAAAACAUUAAAUUAAAUAAAAAAUAGCUACAAAAAAUAAAAACACUAAUUUUAACGACGCUAACGCUUCCAGGUAAACCCUAAACCCUAAAUCUUAAAUUCUAAACCCUACACCCUAAAUUCUAAACCCAAACCAUAUACCCUAAACCUUAAUCCUAGACCCUAAACCCAAAUUAUAUACCCUAAACCCCAAAAACUAGACUAUAAACCUAAACACUAUACCUAAACCCAAACAAAACAUGAUUCAUUUUGUAUAGUUUUUAUUGAUUGUGUGAAUAAAUAAAUUACAAUAGCUAAACUGUAUAUAUUAUACUUCUCUGCUUACUCGAAUAGAAUCAGUUAGUAAUUCCUUUUAUAUAUACUGCUUCUAAAAAUAUGACUUUCCCAUAACGUUGCUCAGUUUUUUCUUUGUUACAGAUGAUUUGUUCUCAUCGACUUGGGUUGCAAUGGAUUGCCCCAAUGUUGAGGCUUUAGUUCUUAAUCUCUCCUCAACAAGCUAUGCAUUACCGAACUUCAUUGCUACAAUGAAGGAACUGAAGGUUGUGAUUAUCAUAAAUCACGGUAUUGGUCCAGCAAAGUUGACCAACCUGUCGUGCCUCAGCUCGUUACCCAACCUAAAACGGAUCAGACUUGAGAAAAUUUCAAUCACUUUGGUGGACAUUCUCCUAUCACGGCUCGGCAGUCUCGAGAAGCUAUCUCUGUUCAUGUGCAGUUUCAGUGAAGUUUCCUACAACAUAGAAGAGAUUGCUAUCCCUGAAGCUCUACCAAGUUUACAGGAGAUUGACAUAAAUUGUUGCUAUGAUCUUGAGCAGUUACCGGAUUGGGUCUCUGAAGUUGUUUCACUGAAGAAACUUAGCAUCACAAAUUGUGGCAAGCUCUCCGUACUUCCAAAGGCUAUAGGUAACUUGAGUAAUCUUGAAGUGCUGAGGUUAUGUUCUUGCAUUAAUCUUUGUGAGUUGCCUGAAUAUCGACUGAGGAGCUCAGCGAUUUACGGUUUCUAGAUAUUACUGAUUGCUUAGCAUUCAAAAAGUUGCCUUUAGAGAUUGGGAAGUUGCGGAAGCUAGAUCAAAUCUCGAUGAGGAGAUGUUCGGUAUGCGAAUUACCCGAUUCAGUGAGGAAUUUAAAGAAUUUGGUGGUAAAAUGUGAUGAAGAAACUGGACUGUUGUGGGAAAGGUUGGAGCCAGAAAUGAGGAAUUUGAGAAUCAUGAUGGAAAAAUAGCCACAUAACCUGAAAUACUCAGAAGCUGAACCACUGAAAGACUCAACCAGUCGAGUAUCCUAUAUAGUUAUAUAAAUAAGUGCAUAUGUAAACCGGGCCUCGUGGUCUGGUGGUAAAGGAACUUCGGCUGAGGUGCCCGCCAUCACGACUUCGAGCCCCGGCCACAGCGGAUUUAACAUCCCUUCCGUUGGGGCGCUGGACCCCCUACGGGGGAUAGUUGGGAAUGUGGCUGCCCAGAUACCAGAGUUAUCAAAAAAAAAAAAGUGCAUAUGUAAAAGUGCACGGGGAUGUUUGUUAUAAACAUGACUUGUUGGUUAAGUUUGGUUAUGUUUUUUUUUGGUAAAAAUGUAGUUAUGUUUCAUUGUUCAGUCUCCAGAACUUACAGACGGUUACGUUCAGUUAUGUAAGAUGUUUAUUUAAGUC